AUGUGGAUAUUGUCGUCCGAUGGUGGAGAUUUUCUCCAAGUCCGCCAUGCUAUCGAUAAUGUAACCAUAUCACGACAUCAUUUGGUUAUUGAGGUCGGCCAUGUGAAGCCAGGAGAUGGAAUGCAUGUUGAGGCCAGAUCCCGCCUAUUGGUUACUGACCAGAAAACCACUUGCGGCACCGUAGUUGAUGGAGAGUCUAUCAACGGUUCGAGCAAGGAGCUUAAAGGUGAUGAACAUCUUAUACGAAUUGGAAAGUAUCCCCACCCUCUAAAAAUCAAAUGGCACCCCAUCGUUUUGAGCUUUUCAUUUCCAUCCAAAGCUAAGGAUCCACUCAAACACGCUCUCUCCAGCCUCGAGGACCUCGACGUUAAAACAAUCAUCCCCUACAUUGUUGAUAGGACAACUCAUGUUGUGCAAAGUAAACGCAAUACCACAAAAGGUCUCCACGCAUUGAUCAAUGGAAAAUAUAUCGUCUACAAAUCCUACAUCCAGGCCAUUGUCUAUGCCACAACCCCGGGCGAUCUCGAGCGUGAAGAGUCUCUGUGUCCACUGGAGGAAGAUUUCGAUGCUGCCUGGCCGGAUCCCGCUCAAUACUUGCCUCCUCGUGGCAAGGAGCCUACCCAAAGCCCAGACACAUCCUAUCAACCGAACCCUAACCGAAUAAAUGUUUUUGAUGGUUGCACGUUCAUAUUUUGUGAGAGGACCAGAUUCGAGGAUUUACAGGGCCCGAUUACAAACGGCCAUGGAAAGGCUUUGCUUUUCGAGAUCGAUCGUGGACGAACUACCCCAGAUGAUGUAGUUGCCUUCAUGAAACAAACUGCUGGGAAUAGAAGGCUUGCGCAAAUCGACGGUGGAGGGGGUGUUGGUCUUGUUCAAUUUCGAAAGGCUAGCGAACUUGACAGUUGGGAUAUUCGAAUUGAACACCAGAUCGCUUGUAAAACGGGCCAGAGACUGAUAGAUCCUAGUCAAUUCCUGGAUGCGAUUCUUGCCAAUGAAGCAAGCUUGCUUUUCCGACCUCACCAAGGGGAAGAACUGCCUGUCAGCGGAUCCAAUCAACCACUUCGGUUCCCCGUUGAGGACACGCAGGCUGUAACCCAAACAACGAGACGAUCUCGUGCACGGCUAUUUAUCAACAGGUUUAAGUCGUUUGAUGACGGAUUUGACAUAGACUCCAUUCCGGCCUAUUCUUUAGAACAAGGUAACGGACGGGAAGAAACGCCUCAAGCUAUGAUUCCUGACUCUGCAUCGGCACAACCCCAGACAGACCUGCCUUCGCACUGUGAAGAGGAUGCGAUGGUGGAACUUCUACCCGGCGCUGCCGUGAUGAAGCUACACAUUUCCAGGGCUGGAAAACGAGGCAAACAAACCCCCCCGGCUGAACAACCACAAAGAGCAAAGAAGCAGAAACUCAACGUAAUGGAAGCAGCCAGACAACGUCGUCAAGCUGUUGAUGAAGCUAUCAUGCAUCAACAGGAAAAAGAUGUAGCGUCCUUCCGUGCAAUGACUGAAAAUGUUGAUGUUGAGCGACUGCGGAACCUUGCAAUUGUUGAGGAGAUGGACGUUCCAGUCAUCUCGUGGGGCCGAAACGCGCCAAGUGGCAGCGCUCAAAAUGACGAACGAUGGAAUGGUCGAAAGAACUUCAAAAAGUUCCGGCGGAAAAGCCAUGGUACUGUUGGUCUGCAUAGAGUUCAAUCGGUUAUCGUUCCUCUGAAGGAGGCUAAACGAAAAGAUUUCAGCCUCGGUGAGACUUAUUGGACUCUAAACAAAUCCCUUCCCACCGGUCGUUACUCACAAAGCCAAGAGACGCCCACUGUGGAGCAAAACUUUGAUACUGAAUCGAAAUCACCAACUCCACCCUCACGGAUUGGUAAACGACCUCGGGAUACGGAAAAAUCUGACAGUGAAGAUGGGUUGAGAUUUCGCUUUCGGCGAAGAAAGGAACGUUAA